UCAAUUACGAACUUGCGAUCAUCCUGAUUCCUAACUGGAUCUCAGAAAAUAAAUAUAUAUUGAAAUACUUUUAAGAUCCGACAAAAUCUCAACCUUCACCUCAAACGGAAAAAUGGCGAAGAUCACGAUGAUGAAUUCUCUCCUCUCUCUAGUAUUAGUCUUCUUCAUAGCCUCAUCAUCGGCAAUUGCCGGCUCCGAUUCUCCUUUCAUCGUAGCUCACAAGAAAGCUACACUCAACAGACUCAAAUCCGGCGCCGAAAAAGUCUCCGUUUCUAUCGACAUAUAUAACCAAGGAUCUGCGGCUGCUUAUGAUGUUAGCCUCAGUGAUGAUGGCUGGUCUUCUGAGAUAUUCAGCAUCAUCUCAGGGAACACUUCAACUUCAUGGGAAAGACUCGAUGUUGGUGCUGUUCUAUCACACUCUUUUGAGUUAGAGUCAACAGUGAAAUCUGUCUUUUACAGCACACCUGCUGUUAUUACAUUCCGUGUCCCCACAAAGGCUGCACUACAGGAGGCAUAUUCAACCCCACUUCUGCCUCUUGAAAUCCUAUCAGAUAAGCCACGUGAGAAUACAUUCGAUCUUGCUAAGAGGUUAUUGGCGAAAUAUGGGUCAUUAGUGUCGGUGAUUUCCAUAGUGGUGCUAUUUGUGUAUUUGGUGGCAACUCCAUCAAAGGCAGGUGCUGCAAAGGGAAGCAAGAAGAAGCGUUGAUAAUAAUUUGUCAGAUUUUAAUGUGACCUUUGUUUUAGACUCAGUUUUUUUUGUAAAAUGUCUUUAAAGAGAUAGUUUGAGAGGCUUUGUAGUCUUAUGUUUUCAUACAUGUGAAAGAGUUAAAUUACGGAUUAAUUAAUUUUGCAAUGGCAUUAACUAGGUGUUAUGUUUUCA